UGCCAAAACGUAAACAACUUUUUCGGCUUCAUAUUUCGGCCGCAAUAAGUCACGUGACGCUAUCGUCUUCACUUCCUUUUUGACUGCCACAUGAACUGAGAACACACACAAGAUGACUACUCCGCCGGUUUAUCAUAAAGGGGUUGUAAAACAGGUGCUGUCUGGAGAUGCAGUAGUAAUUAGAGGCCAGCCCCGGGGAGGUCCCCCACCAGAAAGAACACUGUGUUUUUCCAACAUCACCGCACCUCGCCUCGCAAGAAGAGCCAACCCCAAUGUUGAGGGAUCUGUCGAAACUAAGGAUGAGGCCUGUGCCUGGCAAGCCAGGGAGUUUGUGAGGAGCAAGAUCAUUGGUAAAGAGGUGAUCUUUACUGUGGAGUACAAGACACCAGCAGCUAACAGAGAAUAUGGCUGUGUCUACCUUCAGAAAGGUGAUGCCAAAGAGAGCAUGACAGAACUCCUGGUGUCAGAAGGGUUGGUAGAACUGAGACGUAUGGGACUGAGGUCAGAAGAUGAGACAGCCCAACGUUUGAUCGCCCUUGAGGAUUCCGCAAAGUCUGCAGGGAAGGGAAAAUGGGCUCCGGAGGUGGUGACAGAGCCCGAGAAGUACCUGAGAAACAUCAAAUGGACCAUUGACAACCCACGACAGUUUGUCGACUCGUACCACCAAAAACCAAUUGAUGCUGUGAUAGAGCAUGUAAGGGAUGGAUGUACAGUGAGAGCCUUCCUGUUGCCAGACUUUGCCUAUGUCACCAUCAUGCUGUCAGGCAUCAAGUGCCCAAUGUUCAAGACCACUAACGGCGUACAGGAGGUGGAGCCAUUUGCGGAGGAGGCUCGGUUUUACACAGAGUCUCGUCUCCUGCAGCGUGAGGUGAAAAUUGUGAUGGAGGGCGUGUCCAACCAGAACAUCCUCGGCUCAGUUAUCCACCCAAACGGGAACAUUGCUGAGCUGCUACUGAAGGAGGGGUUUGCCCGCUGUGUUGACUGGAGCAUGGGUGUGGUCACUCAGGGAAUAGAAAACCUCCGAGCUGCUGAGAAGACAGCGAAGGAGUCUAAGAAGCGUAUCUGGAAGGACUAUUCUCCAUCAUCUGGCCCCACCAUCGACAUCAAGGACAAGUCCUUUCAGGGAAAGGUGGUAGAAUGUGUAAAUGGAGAUGCCUUGGUGGUGAAGACAGCUGAUGGCAAGUACCGCAAAUGUUUCCUAGCCAGCAUCAAACCUCCCAGACCACCAGUAGCAGAGGCAGACACAGGCAAACCCAGUGUCCGUGUGACACGCCCACUCUAUGACAUCCCUUACAUGUUUGAGGCUCGGGAGUUUCUCAGAAAAAAACUCAUUGGCAAGAAGGUGAGUGUGGAGGUGGACUACAUCCAGCCACCUAACGCUGGCUUCCCAGAGAAAACCUGCUGUACAGUCACCAUUGGGGGAAUCAAUGUAGCCGAAGCACUUAUCAGCAAAGGUCUGGCAACAGUGAUCAGAUAUCGUCAGGACGACGACCAGCGCUCAUCCAAGUAUGACAUGCUGCUGGCUGGAGAGGAGCGCGCAAAGAAGAAGGGGGUGGGAGUGCACUCGAAGAAGGACUCUCCACUACACAGGGUUGCCGAUGUGUCUGGGGAUGUGACGAAAGCACGUCAGUUCCUGCCAUUCUUGAUAAAGGCCGACCGACUGGAGGCCCUGUGUGACUAUGUGACGAGUGGGUCGCGUCUACGUCUCUUCCUGCCAAAGGAAACAUGCCUCAUCACAUUCCUUGUCUCAGGAAUCGAGUGCCCCCGUGGACCGAGGCCAGGGGCAGGGGGAGUAACUAUGCCUGGGGAACCGUUCGGGGAGGAGGCAACUAUGUUUACAAAGGAACUCUGCCUACAGAGAGAGGUUGACAUAAAGGUAGAGACGACAGACAAGGGAGGUAACUUUAUUGGAUGGUGUUUUGUGGACGGAGUUAACCUCUCAUUGGCCCUUGUGGAGCAGGGACUGGCAAAGGUUCACUUUACGGCAGAGCGCAGCCCCUUUUAUAACCAGAUGCUCAAGGCUGAGGAAGCUGCCAAGGCCAAAAAACUUAAUAUUUGGGCGGAAUACAAGGAACCAGAGGUGGUAACGGAGGUUGAAGAGCCUCAGGAGCGCAAGGUCACAUUUACGACCGUUGUUGUCACAGAGGUCGGACAGGACCUCAAGUUUAACGCACAGGUUGUUGACAAUGGUCCACGCCUAGAACAACUGAUGGAGGAGUUGAGAGUGGACAUGGAUGCCAACCCGCCCCUCCCCGGUGCCUACACACCCAAGAAGGGAGACUUAUGUGCAGCACGCUUCUCCGAGGAUAAACAGUGGUACAGAGCCAAAGUGGAAAAAAUUGCAGGAUCAAAAGUGACAGUUCUCUUUGUAGAUUACGGAAAUAGAGAGACCACAGAUAUAAGCCAGCUAGCACAGCUUUCCUCCAACUUCACGUUACUAUCACCACAAGCCAAUGAAUAUACACUCGCCUUUGUACAACUUCCUAGUGAUGAGGAUGCCAAAAUGGACGCCCAGGAUGCAUUCUACAAUGAUGUGAUGAACCGACAGCUACAGAUGAAUGUGGAACACCGUAUUGGGGGCGGAGAAUUCGUCUCCCUCUCUGACCCAGAAACAAAAGAAGACGUCGCCAAGAUUCUUAUUGACGCGGGGCUUGUUCUUGUGGAGCAGAGGAAAGAGAAACGGUUUGCCAAGGUCAUUUCCGAGUACAUCAAGGCUCAAGACGCUGCCAAGGCAAACAGGGUGAACCUGUGGCGCUAUGGUGAUUUCCGGGAAGAUGAUGCCAAAGAAUUUGGUUACAAGCGCUAACGUACACCUCAAUAUGUCAACACAAGUGGAACGGGCAAUGGGCCAACAUCAACUCUACAAUCGGGCAUAGGAUUGUCAAAAAGCUUGAGCAAUUGGGCAAAGGAUUGUCAGCAAAAUAUGUACAAUCAGCUUGUUAAUUUUUGAUAAGGUAUAUUUAUUGAUCACCAAAUAUUUUGGCAUAAUUGCCUUUUUAUAAACAUUUACCAUGAGAAAGCUGACUAAGAAUGUGUGCUUUGUUGCCAAAAUUGAAUUGUUAAUUGUGUCAUAUGGUUAUUGAAACCAUGUUUUACAUUGAGUUGUCUUUUGUUUUGCAAAUUACACCAAAGGUUAAUAUAGACAACUUACAGUGUACAUUUUAUGUUCUUUUCAAAACUACAAGCGUAUCAAUGUAACACAAGUACAAUUAAUGCAUUCCUUGUUUUAGGUUAAAAGGCUUUGACCAUUCCUAUACCGGAGGGUAAUUGAACAAAUUAUAUUUGUGUAUAAUUUCAGAAUAAUAGCAGUUUUAAAGCUACUUCUGAUUUAAUACACAGUCCACCCCUUGAAAGCAUUUUCAAAUUGAUCCAAUCCUCGUUAGUGUUUACACUUGUUGUAGCAAAAAAAAACGAAAAGGAAAUUUCUUCAUUUUGUCUUACCUUUUGUCUACCUUUUGUCGUCUAGGGAACUUCUUUAGCCCUAAAAGGCUAGUAAAUCCCUUUAAACUGCUUCGUCUGUAAGUUCUCCGCCUUCGGUAUGACUUAAUAUACUUCAGAAGUAUCAAACCGUUUGUUUUUCCAAAGUUUAUCAAGACCUGCCUUGAAGGCAUUCACAGAUGUGGUGUUCACUAAUUCAUCCUGGGGUGAUUUGAAUAGAAUAGCCCUCAGAGACUGUAUUGCAAUGGUUUUGCCUAUUAGGUUUUUUUAAUUACCAGGCUGAGAACACUCUAAAUGCUAUGCCCUUGUUUGGUUGAUGUAGGGCCAUAAAGCUACUUUUACACAAGAGGAAUCUAGGAAUUAUAUAUUUAUUGUCAAUGCACCAGAGAGAAUUUAUACCCUAUGCUUAUUUUUAUUGCAGAAAGAAAAACGUUCACCAUAGUAUAUUCACCCAUAUGCACUUAUCAUCUCUGUUAUAGGCAAUAUUAUUUUUUACUAUUAAUACAUGUACUGUUGCGAUUUUUUUUUAAAUGCAUGCUAAUUACCUUAUUUGUUAAUUAGCAACUUUAAUUAUUACACACAAAAUCAAAACUUAUAUUAUUUUUUUCUGAAAAUCUUUUUCCAUCACACAGAUAUACAUUGUUUGCUCCUGACUAGGUGAACAUUUUUCAUAGGUUAUGGGCCAAAAAUGAAUUAUUUGUGAUAACAUAGGAAACAAAUUUCAUUUUCAUCCAGUUUACACAGAUCUUAUAUAUAGGCCAUGCCCAGUUCAUGAAAUAGUAUGACCUAUAUAUUACUUCAUAGAUUAUAGAUACUACUCGGUUAUUAUGUUGAUGAGUUUCCACAAAAUGUUUCUGUCAGUUUGUCAUUGUGGAAUUAUAAUUGUGAUUUGAACCUUAUGCAGUAUGUCUUCAAUGUAGGAGACAUGUGCAUUCCGUAUCAUGAGUUCCAACUGGUGUUAGUAUACUAUUAUAUAUUAACCAGUAACAAAACUAUCGACUAGAUUAGGAAUACACCAACAACGUUGUGCCAUUAUGUUAACAAACCAUGUUUGUUUUUUUGUUGUUUGAAAUAAGCUAAGUUUCAACCAUUUUGAUUUUUUUAAUAUACGUAUAUAUACUCUAUGUUAUGUCUCAAAUGCAUUUGUUCAUUUCAUUAAGAUUUCCUAUGUUAUCAUGAGCUCCCUGCAAUAAAUUGACAUUAUGCAUCUGGA